AUGGGUCGUCCUCAAGGUCCUCUGCCUGAACGGCCGGCGUGGUGGUGUUGGAAGCGCCCUCCACGCCGGCGCUGUGGGUCUCUGCCUGGGCAUGCGCCUGCAUGCGACUCGUACCAUUGCCAUGGUCUGGUGCGGUCGACUCAGGUUGCCAAGAAGGUCCCGUGGGCUGAGCAUCGUCGGGCUGAAAUGCUGGGGCCCUAA